AGGUUAGAUAGGCUAGUCCUCCUCCAGCGGAACUGUCUAUGGUCUGUCCCACAUCGGAGUGUAACUACUGACACAGACUACAGUCGCUGAACUGAGGCUGUCAUCAUCUGCUCUGGAGGGAGGCCAUGGGCAUGUGGUCACUUGGUCUUGGUGCUGUGGGGGCCGCCAUUGCUGGCUUAAUGCUUGCAAACACUGACUUCUUGCUGACUGAACCGGCACCUGCCACUCUAGAGUAUCUAGGGAAUGCUGACCUGAAAACCUUCAACAGUGAUAAGAGGACUUUAAAAGCGAAAACUCUCUGGGAGAAAUCUGGUGCAGUGAUCAUGGCUGUCCGGCGACCUGGAUGAUUUUUGUGCAGAGAGGAGGCCUCUGAGCUGUCCUUUCUGAAGCCCCAGCUGGAUGAGCUCGGGGUCCCUCUGUAUGCUGUUGUGAAGGAGAAUGUAGGAACAGAGAUUCAGGACUUCAGGCCACACUUCGCAGGGGAGAUCUUCCUGGAUGAAAAGCAAGCUUUUUAUGGGCCACAACAGAGGAAGAUGGGUGGGCUUGGUUUCAUUCGCUUGGGAGUAUGGCAAAACUUUAUAAGGGCUUGGAGGUCAGGUUACCAGGGCAACGUGAACGGAGAAGGUUUCAUCCUGGGAGGAGUGUUUGUCAUCGGAUCAGGUGAACAGGGGGUUCUUCUAGAGCAUAGAGAAAAGGAGUUUGGAGAUAAAGUCAGCAUAGAGUCUGUUUUGGAAGCUGCUAAGAAAAUUUUGGUAGAAAAUUAGAUGUUGUCUAAAUUUGUCAGGUGCAAAUUUAGUCACAAUCCACCUCACACAUAUCUCUUGCUAAUGCUGUGAAUAGAGAGAAAAGCUCAGGUUAAGCUGAAUUGUUAGUACUGACUGGUACAUUUUAAUUCUGGUAUGUACAAAUAAGUCUAAUGUAGUGUAAUUAAGUGAUAUUGUUUUUGCACUUAAGAAAUGGUUUUAUGAUGUUGUUUUGCACCUUACUGCAUUCCUUUGGCUGCCUGCUGCCACACUGGUGUUUUUUUUAUGUUGUAUGUGUAUUAAUGAAAGUCUGUCUCCAAACUCCAUGUUGAAAGAGCAGAUUUGAUGCAAACACAUGCUUCUAAACCUGCUGGUGUCUGGUCAGUGAGCAGCUAAAGGUUCUGCUAGGGGUGGACAAUGAAAAAUAAACAUGUCAUCUCCAAAAAUCCA